AUGUUCGAUGGAAAUCGGGGAAACUGUGAUGGAGAUAAUGGAAAUCCUCAAGACCUGAGGAGUAAAUUCGAAACUCCACUAAGGUCGUACCCUGGAGUUUCAGAUAAAACUGAUCAGGCCAUGAAUGCCUAUUGCUUCGCAUCCAAAAUGAAUGAGCAAAAUCAGUCUGAUAAUAUAGCAUGUUAUUUUUUUUAUUAUUGGUUGGGGGAUACAUUAUAUAAUGGUCUUACUAUAAAGGGACAAUUCGGGAGCGCGCUAAGUUCCCUCUGUGGAUUAAUAAAUGAAGCAAAGUGGAAAAAUGGAUGUGAACUUCUAAAGAAUAAUAUUAACAAAGACACGUUCUACAAUAGGAAAACAAUCCAUGAUUAUUCCUACAAUUAUAAUAAAAUAGAAGGGGAUUUACUGAAAGGUAAGCCCCAUUGCGGAGGGAAGUGGUCGACCCACCGGAAGAAAUUUCUCCCAGCAUGCAAGGCUGUGAAACAGGAAUGCCCUGUAGGGAGCAGUCAGGGCGGUGAAUAUUGCAAAGAAUUCGAAGACAAAUACAAAGUAUACUGUGAUGCGGCCGAAGUGUUUGAAUUGUACUGUGAAUCAGAAUCUAAACUGGAAGCUAAAACAGUGGAAGUUAACGCAUAUUCUAGUCAGAAGGAACAAUUACUGAACUCACACAAAUCAGAUCUAUUAGCAGCUGAGGAAGCCGUAAAUAAAGCCACCACCACAGCAAGCAUAUCCUCAAUCUUUGGCACCUUAGCAUUUACCACCGUCCUUCCUUUCUUAUUAUAUAAAACACCUUCCAUCUAA